AUGAGUGGUACUGGAACCAUGUCCAAUAACCCUAAUGACUGGCUCCAAUUCUACAACCAAACCUUGUCUUCUUCUCAAGGUCAGGUGUCUCAUGGCCACAUUUCUUCAGGUAUUAAUACUUCAACUUUUUUUGGUCAUGACCAAGUCUCUGAAGCCACUGUGGUCACCACAACUCCAUCCGCUGCCGCCACAACAAGUGCCGUUGGCUCCUCCAAUCCGGGUUCCAGCACCAACAGUUUGAGCCCGGAUCAAGGGCGGGUUUCGAAACCCGCCCGAAAGAGAUCUAGAGCCUCGAGACGGACCCCCACCACGCUGCUCAACACGGACACUACGAACUUCCGUGCCAUGGUGCAGCAGUUCACCGGGGGCCCUAACACGGCGUCGUUUCCCUCAGGUGGGUCCAGUUUUAGUUUCGGGCUGGCCCCGCCUAGGCCACAGGGCUUUAUGGUGUCUCCGGGGUAUCAUCCUCUACAGCCUCAGCAGCAGCAGCAACAUCAUCAUCAGUACCAGCAACAACAACACCGUCAGAACCAGCAAUACUUGGUUGGUGCAGGAGUUGGGGAUGGGUUUCUCCAGAGAUUGAGCUCAUCAUCAAGAGGAGGACCCACAAACAUGGGAUUUGGGGGUUCGUCUGAUCAUGUUGCUGAUCAUCAUGAGUUUUUGAGGGAGGGUAUGUCGUCGUCCCAAGUGCCGUCUGCGGCCAGGCCCGGCUCUAACGCUGCCAAUGAGAACAGGAGUGGCAGUUUCAUGUUUUGA